AUGUCCACUCUUCUCCCAUUCCACACUUCGAUCUUGAAUGAAAUCUACGACCCCGAUACAUCAGAUUUGCUCAUUCUCUCACGAGGUUUAGGAUUAAGACGAAUAAUAUGUACCUUACUCAAGAUAUACGACUCUCCGCAUAAUCUUGUUUUACUUGUCAAUGCUACACAAGAGGAGGAGACGGAGAUUGGAGAGGAGCUUGGUAUAAUGGGCUGUCGUAAACCAGGCUUGAGAGUUGUUGGGUAUGAGACCGGGACGAGCCGUGAUCGAGUAUCACCACUACAUCUCGUAUCAUUCAUCACGCGUCUCUACCGAGAAAAGAACGUGAAGGGGUUCUUGAAGGCAUUUACUGACCAACCAGAACACAUAACAAGCGGGCUGUCUCCACUGAAGAAUAUUUUGAAGGAAUUGCAACUGAGACGCGUCUGGAUAUAUCCAAGGUUUCACCAAGAAGUGAAGGAUACUCUGGAGCGGAAACGUGCAGAUGUCAUCGAAUUCGCACAGAACCUCACUGACAAUAUGAACGACAUUCACGCUGCUAUUGUCCAGUGUAUGAAUUUAACUCUAGCUGAACUUCGACGAUCUAAGGUGGAGUUGGAUUUGGAUAGUCUCAACCUCCCAGCGGCAUACUUCUCCUCCUUUGACCACAUCGUACGCAAACAACUCGAUCCUAUCUGGCACAAAGUUGGUCCUAGCACGAAGGCUCUUGUACGCGAUCUGGGAGUCCUUCGUAGACUUGUCGGAUAUCUGCUAGUCUACGAUCCUCUCCAGUUCCAUUCCUUUUGCCAGUCCCUCGUCGAAUCCGCUACAUCAACUAACUCAGAAUCAGGCUCAGGUUCAGGUAAAAGCCAAUGGAUGUUGACAGACGCUGCGAAUAUUGUUUUCCAAGCCGCCAAAAGGCGUUGUUUCGUGGAUGUUCAACCAGAGCAAGGAGAAGUUAUCGAUUUAGAUGAUGACGAUGAAGCUUGGGAUGCUGUCUUCGAACUCGAAGGUCGUCCCUCGGAAGCUCGUCAGUCCACAAACAAGGGCAAGGGCAAGGCUACAGGAAAGCGCCCUGGAUGGCUUCCGAAAGAAAUUCACCCUGUUUUGGAGGAACUGCCCAAAUGGAGUUUAUUAGCAGAAAUCAUAGAAGAGAUUGAGGUGGAAAUCGUACGUAUGGAAAGCACCGUCUCCUCGCGGCCAGUCAAAGACCCUCCAGGGACGAACGUCACCCUCAUAAUGUGCUCUUCCACAGCGACAUGCACUCUCCUGAAUGACUUUUUGUCCUCAAUGGACAACACCCGGCCCAAAGGAGAAUGGGGCCGGCGCAUGAUGUUGAAGAAGCUUCGGAGUUGGAUUUGGUGGGAAAAGAGGCGGAAGAUGAUGCAGGAGGUUACGCAGAGUGCUAAUAGUAGUGGGAAGAAAGGUGGGAGCAAUAUUGCUCAAGAAAUGGUGCGCGGUGGAAGCACGAGUGGAAAUGGAAACGAAGGUCUGAGUGAGGCGAUGAGGAAGAAGGAUCGGGAAAGGGCCGCUCAAGCGGCGUCUAGGAGGAGAGUUCGUGGAGGGGCUCCUGUGAAUAACAGUGGUAGAGGGUCUACUGUACCUCGAGAUACGCCUGCGCCAGGUGCAAGCACUUCAGAGCCUGGAUUAGGUCAGACUAUAUCAGAUGACUUUUUCACUACUGACAAUGUGGAACUAUUAUCUUUGAACGACGAUGAAAUUGAGCUCAAUCUCAUGGGUAACAUGUCCACUGUAGAAUUUUCCGCCGAAUUCGAUGCGCAUUAUGGGCUACUUUCUCCGCCACAGACAGUACUGGUUCGGGCCUACUCGGAUGACACCGACGACCGAAUGCUAGAUGAAAUUAAACCUCGAUUCAUUGUCAUGUUCGAACCCUGCAUGGAGUUUGUUCGACGCGUUGAGGUUUAUAAAUGCUCGAAUCCUGGUCUCCCGGUCAGAGUCUACCACAUGGUCUACGCAAAUUCAUGUGAAGAACACAAGUACCUUGCGGGGAUCCGCCGAGAGAAGGAUAGCUUUGAACGUUUGAUCAAAGAACGAGGUUCAAUGCUUCUACCGAUUAUCGAAGACCAACGUACCGCGGAAAGUGAUGCGAUUAUCAAGACCAUAAGCUCGAGGGUAGCAGGAGGGAGAAGGGCAUUAAAUUUAGUGCCUUCUCAGGUCAUUGUGGACAUGCGGGAGUUCCGCUCAACGUUACCUUCUUUGCUGCAUGCCUCACAUCUAUUGGUCAUACCGGCGACCUUGACGGUUGGAGAUUAUAUCUUGACUCCAGAGAUAUGCGUAGAGAGGAAGAGUUUAUCGGAUUUGGUUUCGAGCUUUAAUAGCGGUCGAUUGUAUACACAGUGCGAGUUAAUGUCCGUGCAUUACAAGAUACCCGUCCUCUUGAUUGAAUUCGACGAGGAUAAGGCUUUCUCUUUUGAGAUAAUCUCUGACCUCAAAUCAUACGCAAAAACAACUAAUCGCUAUCCACACAAAAAGAAAACUACCGGAAACCCAACUGAACACAACUAUACCUCACCCACAAUCCAAUCCAAGAUCACUUUACUCACCCUCAGCUUUCCCCGCCUUCGCAUCAUCUGGUCUUCAUCGCCCUACGCCACAGCCGAUAUCUUCAAUGAUCUCAAGAAAGACCGUGCAGAGCCUGAUCCAGUCAAAGCCGUUGCGACGGGUGCCGAGGAGGACCCAGAGGCUGGGGCAGGGGUAAACGCCGCUGCUGAGGAACUGUUGCGGAGUUUUCCUGGAAUCACGGUAAAAAAUGUCAAGCAUGUUAUGAGCAAGGUGAAUAAUGUAAGGGAGCUGUGUGAGAUGGAUCUCGUUGGGGUUCAAGGGAUAUUGGGGGCUGAACCAGGGAAGGCCUGUUAUGAGUUUUUACAUAAGGGAGAGGGAGGCUUCCGUCGAUAG